AUGUCAGAAAAGAGGUCUUUUGAAGAUAUAGACUCGACGGAAAACAAACUCAAUUACAGACAUGCAGCAUUUGGCGAAGAAAACGACGGGUUAUUACCAGUAGCUCAGCAAGAUGUCGAGUUGAAACCGAAUCAUCUCCCCAAGCAGCAAAGCUUGCUACCCCAGGACCGGCCGUAUUUUGUCGUGCUAGUCAUACUUUACUUAUUACAAGGUGUUCCGGUGGGGUUGGCCUUUGGCUCGAUCCCAUUCAUGCUCAAGGGCAAAUUGACGUUUUCACAAGUUGGGGUCUUUUCACUCGCAGCAUACCCAUACUCGUUGAAGCUCUUGUGGUCGCCGUUUGUUGAUUCGAUCUACGUGAAAACGCUCGGACGCAGGCGCUCUUGGAUCAUUCCCAUUCAAAUUUUCUCGGGAGUAUUCAUGAUUUACAUGGGGUCAGUAAUGGAUGCCUUGAUGCUUGACCCAUUGACACAUUUGAGACUCAUCACAACCUGUUUUUUUAUCCUUGUGCUAGGUUGCGCCACGCAGGACAUUGCAGUUGACGGGUGGGCGUUAACCGUUCUUUCGCCCGAGAGUUUAUCGUUUGCGUCAACGGCGCAAACCAUUGGCAUGAACUGCGGCUAUUUCCUCAGCUUUACGAUAUUUCUUGCGUUGAGCUCGCCCGAGUUUGCCAACAAGUAUCUCAGAGACACCAAGUCGCCACAGGGGUUGUUUACACUAGGCCAGUACUUGACCUUUUGGGGCAUCAUCUAUCUUUUGGUCACGGUGAUGGUGGUGCUCAUCCCGGAAGACCCGCACCAUCUAGUCGCCAUCAACAAGGACCGCAUGGCUCGAGAGAAACUGCACAAGAGCGCAUUUAACGAUAGAAGAAGCAGAUGGAGCCACUUGAUGGACGUUUACGCAUCGAUGUACGAGGUACUCAAACUACCCAACGUGCAAACAUUUGUGGUGAUUUUGCUCCUCGCCAAAUUCGGAUUCCAAGUCAAUGAAGCAGGAACCAACCUCAAGCUUUUGGAAAAGGGGCUCUCAAAGGAAGAUUUGUCAAUCACGGUGCUUGUCGAUUUCCCUUUUGAGAUGAUCUUUGGCUACUACGCAGGCAGAUGGUCUACGGGGAAAUCGCCGCUCAAGCCCUGGCUUUGGGGGUUCAUGGGCCGGUUGAUCGCGGCAGCAUUGGCGCAAGUCAUUGUCUACUACUUCCCGCUGAAUGGCAAAAUCUCCACCGGCUAUUUCGCGGCCGUCAUCCUCCAGCACUUGCUAGGCUCAUUCAUGUCCACCAUCCAGUUUGUCUCGCUCUGCGCUUUCCAUACCAAGAUUGCAGACCCGGCCAUCGGAGGCACUUAUAUGACCACCCUCAACACAAUCUCAAACUAUGGCGGCACAUGGCCGCGAAUAUUCAUCUACUUUUUGAUUGACAAAAUCACCAAACAAAAAUGUGUCGUGGACCCGCGGGGGGAGUUUUUCUGGAUCGAUGGCGAAGCCAAGAGAGAGCUGUGCGAGUACGCCGGUGGCAAGGUUGAGACGUUGCGCGAUGGAUACUACUACGCCAACGCGUUCUGCAUUGGUAUCGGGGCGAUUAUCUGGUUCUGGACAAAGAAGAAAGCCACCUAUUUGCAAAGUUUGCCCAAUAGUGCCUGGAGAGUGAAGAAGUGA